AUGUACGACUUCUACUACGCCAAACUCCUGGAUGACCCAUCCAAAUUUGAGCCUCGGGCGGGCAACAGAUGGGUCGAGGUGCGGGAGCCAAAUGUUAGCGACUACUUCAAGUGUCCUACCGGCACGUCAAUUGACUUGUUACAGGCUGGCGGCGAGCUGGUGUUGCUUGAUCGCGAAAUUCCCGAGUCUGAGAUCAUAGAUUUGAUUGGUGCUGCUGCUUCUUUACCAUCAGAUGGAGCCUUCGACGACGGUCUUUCCAAAGGCCGCCUUCGACUCCAGCUUUUGAUUGGGAGUCCGGAGCAGCACAAAAGCGAUGCACAGAUUUUAGCGCUGCCAAUCUCUCGCGACACCUUCGAGACCGUCAGAACUGCUUGGAAUCUGCCCCCAGAACUCCUCCGCAUGAUGCUGAGCACCCUGCCUAUAGCCACGGAAUUCCGGGCCAAGAACUCCGCUGGACAAGCGAUAACGGCCCUCAUGGUCCGAAGCGCGAGAUCAAGAGAUUGGAAUUUUUGCCUUGGACUCGUUUAUAACGAGGAAACAAGAGUCAUAUCUGGUAUCGUAAACGGCAUGCAAGCCGAGGAGACCGAUUUGAUGCUCGAAUGUCUUCGCGAGUCUACAAGCUAUCUGCAAGAUCCUAUGCUACUGCCAGUGUUCCUGCUGGAGCUUAAGGUCCACUAUUUCGCUGUCCUUCUUGAGAAGCGAGCGCAAGGAAUUGAAGAUAUUGAAUACAGAACCGGCAUGAGACAUGGGUUUUCGACGAAUCCGAGCCGGAACGCAGCACGAGAUAGGGAAAGAGAAAAGCUGCUGAAAGAGCUCAAUUUCGAUGAGAUUACUCAAAAGCUGACAGGCGUCACUGGAACCCUAUCCUUUUGUCACAUGACAUUUGCUUCCAGUCUUAGAGCUUUGGAGAUAGUCUGUACGAUCCGGAGUCGGCUCAUCAGCCAUUCUAAAGGGCGUCUGGAGGGCGUUGGCUUUAACAUCCAAAACAGUCUUGACAUGAGGAUUUCGUAUUUGCGAGAAUUGAUUGUUGGCGCCCAAGUUCAUGGGGAAGUUUUGUCAGCACGGACACGGGCUCAAGUUCAGACAGUCUACAGCAUGAUCGGUCAAAAGGACAAUAAGCUCAACAUCGAGACCGCGGCGGCUUCCAAGAGGAUUGCAGAAAUUGGCCUACUUCACAGUAACGCUAUGAAGGACAUGGCAGAAGAUUCGAGGAAUGCUGCUAUCCUCACCCGCAAAGACAGCACGGACAUGCGGAUCAUCGCAAUGGUGACGCUCCUGUUCCUUCCAGGCACUUUUUUCACACCAAAUACCGGCCCUUUGUGCCGAAGCAAACAUGGCGAGAUCUGGGCUUUGUGUAUCGUGUACGGUUUUAACCCGGCCACUGACUUUGCGGGACUGAAAGAUGGCAACGUUAUUCAGUUCUGGCUUCUUCAACUUCUUGCCAGGAAGGUCUGA